AUGCUCAUCAUCGAAUGUUUCAUAGGCCUAUUAUCGAUGUUAUUUUCUUUAAUUGCAUGUUUCAUAAACUACUUUAUAUUGUUCUCAAUAUUCUAUUUCAAACGGAUACCUGUAAAUCCAAAUAUGAUACUCAUCUAUAGUAGAUUUGGUAUUGAUGUAAUUUAUACGUAUUCAUCAUUCAUGGUAGUAACUUAUAUUUUGAUAAUGACACUUUCUACAAAUUUGAGAAUUAAAAAUCUGAUAUUUCUUUUUGUUUGGACAACUACAUCGAUUAAAACCAUGCGAUCUAUUCUUGCAUUUUUGAUCACAAUUGAGAGAGUUAUUGCCACAUAUUUUCCAGUUUUAUUUUAUAAAUAUCGGUGUAAAACUUCCACCAUUAUGAUUUACACCAGUAUUUUGAUUUGUGGACUGAUCAAUCAAUAUGUACUUUUUGGAUACUGUGGUAAUGUUAUAGAUACACCAUUACAGUGUAGUAGCUUCUUUUGCGCUAUCAAUAGUUGCUAUUACUAUUACUGGCUGACUUAUGAAGAAGUGGUUAGUUUUUUAAAUGGAAUUUUCUCAGUGGCUCUAUUGUUUCGAUUUUUCAUUUGGAAUUUUCUCUCAAAGACCCCAUCAUCGAACCAUAAAAUUGCUAGAGCUACCCGCAUUGCACUUCUCGACUUUUUCAUCAUACUCUUCUUCAAUGUGAUCCCUUCGUACACUUUUGCCCAUAGCACCACUGUCAACGUUAAGACAAUUGGAUCAUUGUCACUAGCUAUAAAAACAUUUGGAUUUGUGAUUGAAGGAAUGUUAACAUGUCGAGUUUUGUUUGGUGCAAAAAAAGUUUCUGCGAAUGUUGUUGCACCAAAUUCAUAA